GUAAGAUAUAGGCAUACAGUAGGUGGCGGUAAUACUCCUAAGGAGUGAACGGCCAUUGAACAAAAAGAAGAAGAAGAAGUGGUAAACUUCCGGGCAUGGCGGAGAAGAAAAUAGCCGUUCGCUCGCAGGAUCCCAAUCAGCGGCGCGUGCUGGACAGCGCGACGCGCCAGCGCCGUUUAACCCGCCAGCUCGAGGCGCUCGAGAAAGACAACUUCCAGGACGACCCUCACGCGAGCCUCCCGCAGCUCGUCAAGCGGCUGCCGCAGUUCGACGAGAGCAACGAAUCCGGUAACGAAUCGAGCAAGCGGAGGAAGAAGACCAGAGGUGAUCAUUUUAAACAGAGGUUCCGCAAAAACUUCCAGACUCUUCUGGAGGAGGAGGACUUGAGUGUUAGUGAGGGUCCAAACUAUCUGACUGCAUGUGCUGAGCCCUCCAAGUUUCCUCAGCGACAUUUCUGUGCUGUGUGCGGCUUCCUAUCAAACUACACUUGUGUGUCAUGUGGAGCUCGAUACUGCUGUGUCCGAUGUUUAGGAACACACCAUGAGACCAGGUGUCUAAAGUGGACGGUAUGAUUUGUUCCCAACUGAACUAUCAAAAUCAAAACAAGCUUAUGGGUCAAACUGCACACUUACAAGUUCCUCAGACACAUCACAGUUAUUUGCCUGCACAAACAUAUUAAG